GUGCAACCGACCAACUCAUCAUACUAACUUAUCCUAACGUGAAGUUACCAUGGUUCAAGUCUGAGUCAAAAUGCAAAGGCCACGAACCUUCCUCUCUUCUUCUGAACUUUACACAUAUCACAAAGACAUACUUUCAGAACUGAAUUUCAGACUUACCAUCCACAACACUCACCCUACCGUCCAUAACACCACCAUACCAACCAUAACACUCAUACUACUAUCCACGACACCGCUCUCCUCAACAUGUCCUCACCACCCAAACACCUUGAGCAUGGCUUCGGCUCAGACCAACCUCUCCAAGCCUCGAAUCCCAAAUCGCGCCGCGAGGUCAGCGGCACCGGCACUCAGUCUUCACGAUCGCCUUCGUUCAACGAAGAUCUCCUAGUAGCUCUGACUCUGGAAGAAAGACUGGACAUUGAACAUGACGAAAAGCCUGUGGCCAAACUGGCCCGCAUGCUCUCCGUCAGGUCGAUCAUCUCGACGACUUCGUCCUUCGCCAGCAAGAUGGAAGCGGCUCGGAAGGGCGGAUACCUUGGAAUGUAUCGGUCCAUAGGAGCUGGAACUUGCGGGAUAGUUUUCGAAGAGCUUGGGACAGUGAACGCGAUAAAGCUGGCAAAAACUGAUGACAGUCAACUGUGGAACGACUACCAGUUUCACACAAUGGUCCGGGAAAAAAUCAUGGCAAGCCCCAUCAAGAGCGAGAAUCUUCAGGUGCCCAAAUGUCUUUGGUUUGCGAAGAGUGAUGACAAGAAAUGGUGGGACUUGCAUCGCCAUCGCUUCCCAGAUCAGUCCCGCGUCGAGCGACCUCGAGAUGUUCUGUGUACGGAACGAAUUCUGCCAAUUCCGAAGGAGCUCAGACAUGCUAUCAUCGAUGCAUGGUGCCCAGAAGACCUUAGGGAGAAGGCCAAAGCUGAGCCUACCAAUAGAGACUGCCUCAUUCGCGUGUACCUGGGAAAGCGUCGUCGGGAUCCAACCACAUCAAGACCACUGAAAAUGUUUCAACUCAGAAAUUACAACCUCCAUGUUGAUCAAAUCAUGGAGCUGGCCAUUGAAGAGUAUGGUGAAGUGGCAGAAAACAUGGGCCGAGCACUUGCUGUUCUUCAUUGGCUUGUCGCGACGGACGCAAGAGAUGUCGAGUUUGUCCUUGGGAGCGCUCCAACACCAAAACCUGUCCCCCUCGCUGCCAAAGACGUCGUCGGCAAAGCUCCAAGGUCAACCUGGGAAGAAGUCACUUCUCACAACUUCAAGCGACGUGCUAUUCGUCUCUGGCUCUUGGAUUUCAACCAAUGUCGCCCCAUCUCCAGGGACGAUGAAAGUGUGAAGAAAGCAGUCCAGGCAUUUUUCGAGAACGACCCUUACUAUCCAAGGCCGCUCACCAAAACAUCCACAGAGCAGCGCCUAUGGACAAAGUUCAAGGCUGGGUAUCUGGAAGCCGCC